AUUUGUUUUAAUAUCAUAGAGUAUUCUGUUCGUGCGACCUGUCGAAGCAAUACCAAUACCGACGAAUCUUUAAGUUAAUUUGUAUUCGGCUCUUUACUAUAAAUUGAAAUUGAUUCACAUCUAAUUUAUAUCUGUGUGUAUGUAUUUUGCAAAAUUUUGACAAAUGCAUUUCUGUGCAUUGUAAUAAAUUAAAAGUUCUGCGUAAAUUGUUUAUGCAUUUUAUGUAAUACCAGUCAUAGUUUUUGGCCAGAGGUUUCGAAAUGGCUUCUUCAAUACAGUGCGUUACAAGCGCUACCCGUGUUUUGCGAUUACUUACUGUAACGUCAAGUUUAAAUAAAACAAAUUGUUGCAAUGCAAAAAAAUCACUAAAUGCCAGCAUUGCUUUUCCCAUGCAGGCAGAAGGAAGUACAACGGCAUCAAAAGCGCUUGAAUAUGCGUUAACAAACAAUAAAGAAAUUUUGUCUUUGGUUCCAAACUUUGGGCAUUCCACUCUUUUAAAAAGCCGAUUGAAUUACAUUUCGAAACCGAAUUACAGAUACUUUUCAAGUUUACAGAAGACAAACUCGAGUAACAAGUCUGCUAUAAUCACUGAUCAAAAGACAAUGGUGCCUUGGAAUUGUCGUUAUCUUUCAUCCAAAGAGGUCACGAAAAAUAUGACAUUGUUCACUAAUGAACCAUUUAAGGGUGAAGUGGAUCCAAAAACUUUAAAAAUCAAACAGUCUUCUGGGAAUCCACUUGUUUUAAUGAUGGCGUGGCUAAUGGCUAAGCAAAAACAUUUGAAGAAAUAUGCUCAAAUUUACACUGAAAUGGGAUUCGAUGUUAUGAUCGUACAUGUGACGCCAUGGCAACUUCUUUGGCCCGUUAAAGGAACACAAGUUGUGGCUGCAGAUACUCUUAAAUUUUUGGAAAAUAACGGAUCAUAUACGCCAAUUGUUGUUCAUGGCUUUUCUGUGGGCGCUUAUCAACUCGGAGAAGUGAUGUUACAAAUGUCUCGUAAUAAAGAACGAUAUGCAGGAAUAUUAGACAGAAUUGUCUGUCAAAUUUGGGACAGCGCUGCUGAUAUUACAGAAAUCCCUGUUGGAGUGCCGAAGUCGCUUUUUCCUAAAAAUCCACGUAUGCAAAGCGCUUUACGUAAUUACAUCCUUUACCAUAUGAAAACAUUCCAUAAUCAAGCCACUAUCCAUUAUAUGCGAUCCAGUCAAAUGUUUCACUCUACUUUAAUUAAACAACCAGCAUUGUUUUUUGUAUCAGAAAAUGAUAAUAUUGGACCACCAUCGUCGAACCACGCAGUACGUGAAAAUUGGGAACGUGCUAAUAUAAAAUGUACUUUUAAGUGUUGGGAGCAUUCGCAACAUGCAGCACAUUUUAUUAAGCAUCGUGAGGAAUACUUAGGGUGUCUAUUAAAGCAUCUUGAAAGUUCUGGUGCGAUCGACAGUAUCGGCUUAAAAACACGUGCAAAAUUGUAAUUACAAAAUUAAACAAGUGAAAUUAACGAAUUUUAAAAAAUAAAAAUCAAGAUUAAACUUUGAUAAGGACAAACGUCGUUCAUUGUUCGCAGGAUUAACUAAAAACUUGUUUGACAACUUUUAUGUGUAAGUAUACAUUAUACUUGCAUAUCAAAUCAAAGUAUUAAUAUGUAGAGGAGCAGCUAUAUCCUGCAUUUAGUAGAUAUCCGAGGCAUUUUCUUCUUAUUAUCAUAUAAGCCGUAUAACGAAAACAUGAACACAUAACGACGGAAAAGCAAGACAGGAAUCGUACAACCUUUAUACAAAUUAUUUUCAAUUUAAAAAGUAUUAGGCUUUAAGAUUAUAAUCUUUUAAAAAUAAUAUAUUGCAAUUAAAGCCUUGAAACAAAGGGAAAAACAAUUAUAUAUACUAAAUAUGUGUACAUAGAGCAAUGAACAAUGCCAUUGGGACCUACAUUAUAAACAUAAAUUCUGUAAAGGCAUGUUUUUGAGUGUAUUGAAUAAUAAAGAAAUAUAGUACAUACAUACAUAUGUUCACAAA